UUUUAUUUUUAAAUAAACAUUUCUUUUUAAAUUUCUUUAGUGUGAAAAGUGAAAAUUUAAAACACAUGAACAGUGGUUUACCGGAAUCGCCGAGGACGACUACCUUAACUUUCUCAAUAGCAGCCAUUCACAGGUAAUUAAUCAUGACUGAGGAGCGUUUGGUGACAGAAGUACCGAGUAGUUUGAAGCAAUUGGCUCGGCUGGUGGUGAGAGGCUUUUACACGAUAGAAGAUGCGUUAAUAGUGGAUAUGUUGGUUAGGAAUCCAUGUAUGAAGGAAGAUGAUAUUUGCGAGCUUUUAAAAUUCGAACGCAAAAUGUUGAGAGCGCGGAUAGCAACACUCAAAAAUGAUAAAUUCAUUCAAGUGAGAUUAAAAAUGGAAACAGGUCCAGACGGAAAGGCUCAAAAGGUGAACUAUUAUUUCAUAAACUACAAAACGUUUGUUAACGUGGUGAAGUACAAACUAGAUUUGAUGAGGAAACGUAUGGAGACAGAAGAAAGAGACGCGACAAGUCGGGCCAGCUUCAAGUGUCCCUCUUGCGGUAAAACAUUUACCGAUUUAGAGGCUGACCAACUGUAUGACAUGAUGACACAAGAAUUUAGGUGUACGUUCUGUAACCAAGUAGUGGAGGAAGAUCAGUCUGCUCUCCCGAAGAAGGAUUCUCGCUUAUUACUAGCAAAAUUCAACGAACAACUCGAAACGCUAUACAUAUUAUUGAGAGAAGUUGAGGGAAUAAAGUUGUCGCCAGAAAUUCUGGAACCGGAACCCGUGGAUAUUAACACUAUACGAGGGCUCACAAACAAACAAUCAGGCUUACGGCCAUCAGGUCAAGAAUGGUCUGGUGAGGCCACUCGUAGCCAAGGCCUGGCUGUUGAGGAGACCCGAGUGGACAUCACCAUCGGAGAUAAUGAUAACGCAAUGGAUGCGUCAGCUUUGAGGAAGGAGAGACCUGUAUGGAUGGUAGAGAGUACUAUUGCUGCUAAUGAUCAGAGUGACAGCGUCCACUCAACAGAUAUGGCACUAGAAAAGGCUGCAAGUGCUGCCAGCACUAAAAGUACGGGCAAAGAAAAGACAGACGAUAUUAUGUCUGUCCUUCUCGCGCAUGAAAAACAAAAUCCAGGAAAUACAGCAGCGAAUUCUCUCAAACCGGACCAAGAGAGUUCUGAUUCGAGUGACAACGAAUCUAAAGACCCCUACAAGCUUAAAGAUGAAAUAGCUGCAGUUGACGAAAUGGAAAGCGAAGAUUCGGAAUCUGAUGACAAUGUACCAACUGUAUUGGUGAACGGAAAGCCUGUGGCAUUGACAAGUAUUGACGAUGACGUCAUCGCGACCAUGACGCCGUCAGAAAAGGAAACAUAUAUUCAAGUUUAUCAAGAAUUUUACAGUCAUAUGUACGAUUAGAUAUUAAGUAAUAAAUGUUACAUUGUA